GUUUUGUGCAUGCGACAUAUGUUUAGUCUUUCUCACUAAGGCGCUUGACUCUUGGUUAGGCGCAUUCGUAUGCACUACCGGUGCACCUUAACGAACUCUGUCAGGGUUUUCCCUAUUUCACGCACAACACGUGCUUGAAGACAAGCAGUUAGAGCUGUUUUCUUUCGAAUUAGCGCUAACUUUCUCCAUGAGGCAACAAAGCACAGUCCAAUGGCGCCUUCUAUGCCCUGGUGAACCUUGUCACGCAUGAGGCUUGUAAUAUCCUUCUAUAAUGCUUUAGCCCCACUCCUAUGUUUUCUGGCGCUUUGUCAGCUGAAUGAUGUGAAAGCUCUGGAUGGGAAUGCUCGACUGUCUGGUCCGCUAAAGGGCUGCCCAACGACUGUCUCUGGUAUUAACAGCGGCAGCGUGGCGGCAUCAAGCAACACCGACAGCAAUGGCUUCUUCAGCGCUGUGAAUGGACUAAAUAGUGAACCCGUUGUGCGGGCCGUUCUCACGCCCAGUGCAUCUUGUGUCGAUGCGUUCACGGGCCUUCCGUUGGCAUUCAAGCUUGCAGCUGCCGUACCUAGUUCCUUGUCAUCAGCGGCUAGCAUCAGCUAUGCGUCCUUCACAGCUCUUUCCUACAUUGAGUUGGUGCUGGCAGCUACCGCGGACACAACGGCAGCAUCCAGCGGUGCUAGCAGCACCUAUGUGACCAACAGCAAUGCCACGAUCAGCGUUAACAGCACAUCCAUCAGCAACUCCACCGCCACCAUCAGCAACAACAACACAACCAGCAACACUACUGGUGUGAACGGCACUUCUACCUCAACGACCAGCCAGGGCACCAACCUAAUUGCCACAUCUCCCAUCAGUAGCACCAACGCUACUUCCGCCUACAGGGGACAGCUCCUAAGCAAUGCCACCGCUCUUCGGGAAACACUUUACGAUUUGUACGGCAGCUUGAAUGUUAGUCUGUCGAUGUACGGCAUGGAUCCGCUCACGUUACAGCCGCUAGCGAUGCUGCCUAGCUCCCAGGCGGCUAAUCGUACAUUGGCAGUAGCGGUUAUAGCAGCCGACAUGCAGCUAGGGGCGCUGGCGGCGUUGGGUGGCGCGCUGCUCCGUGCGUCAACGGCCUCGACGGCGGCCGUUGACCUAACAGCAAUGUCACAGGUUGUGGCGGCGGAAGGCAUGCGUCAGUUGCUGUUAGAGCGACACCUCCGCACGACAACCAACGGUGCAUCAGGCGUUGCGCCAGCACCCUCGCCGCCGUUGCCUGCGCUGCCACUCCCGCCCCCAUCACGAGCGCCGCCGGGGUCACCACCGCUGCCGCCGUCACCAGCACCCCCAUCACCCUCGCCGCGGCUCGCGUCGCCGGCACCGCCAGCACCGCCGACGCCGCCGGGGCCUCCCUCGCCGCUGCCGCCUCUGCCUCCGUCGCCGUCACUGCCUUCGCCACCGAGGCCGCCGGCGCCUCUACCUCCGUCGCCGGCGCCGCCAUCGCCGGCGCAGUACCUCCUCGGCGGGUUUCAGUCGGCGGAGGUGGUCCGAGCCGUAAUCAAUGCGGCGGCGGUGCGCGCUGGCGUGACUGCCGUACCCGCCACCGCCGUCAACGCCACCGCCGCCGUUGUGGCGGGCAUUGCUGCCUAUUGUGAGGCACUCAAGCAGGUUGCGCUGUUAGAGCUCGGAGGCGUCAGCACCGGACUAAAUCCGUUGAAUGCGCUCGUUGCCAUGUCGCGGCUGGCUGCUGUGCAGGCUGAUGCCGUCAGCCUGCUGCCCUCCCUCCUCUCAUCCGACGCCACAGCCCUUCGUACUUACGUCCUUGACGCCCUGCCCGAACGCAUCAACCGAGCCGCCGUCAACAUCACCGCCGUACAUGUCGCACUCGGGUUGCCGCCGCCAGUCGCCGCCGGCGCCGCAUGGGGCGUCGCGCACGUGGUUGGGCCGUUGGGCGGUUGCUCUGGUCAGUCGAACGACGUAUGGGCGGCGGGCUACGAGCCCUUCGAGACGGGCCCUGCGAGCUACGGCGGCAGGUUGCAGCUGCAGGCCAAGGGCCAGGGCUUGGUGACGGUUUCACCGUACCGGCUGUGUUACGAUGGGCUGACGCAGCUGCCGCUGAACUUGUCAGUAUCGAAUCUGGGACCUGCGGCGGCGGCUGUCAGCGUGUCGCCUGUGGCGAUGUUGGCACAGGGCAUCUACUCCGUGCAGGCCACUCAGCGCCUCACCACCAUCAGCGCCGCCCAGCAGACAGCAGCCUUCCAAGCCAUGCGCCUCAACCUCACCGCCUACACCUCCCUCAUGCAGCCCGCCGUCACCACCACCUCCGUGCCCUCCUCCACGCCUCCCCCUCCUGCUUCCCUUUUUUCCCCGCCACCACCGCCGAAACCACCAACCUCAGAACCUUCUAAUAAUAACCCCUCGCCGCCGCUUCCGUCAUCACCGCCGCCGCCGCCGCCACCCCCGUCGCCGCCGCCGUCGGUUAGCUCGCCUCCGUCGCCGCCGCCGCCGCCUGGGUGGGGUGCGGCAGCUGGUGGGUUCGACCUGAGUCAGCCCUUGAUGCCGUCGGUUAUUGCGGCUAACGCUCAGCUAGUGGGUUUGUUCUACGCCGCAAGGGCCCUCUUCACGCCCUCCUGCUACUACGCGUACGGCCUGGACAGCGCCGAGAGCGCGCACAUCUUCACAGUGACGCUCACCACUUACGCGGCAGCGCAGCAGGCGUUGGGGACAGCUGGGGGCGUCCUCGACCUUUCCAACGCCUCCCAACUUAACGCCGUCUUCGCCAAACUCGCCACCGCCUGCUACUUCAACGCCUCCCAGCUCCUCACGUCGAGUGCCAACAGCAGCACCUCCUCCUCAACAACAACACUAUCUACGUCCUCGCCAUCCCCCUCCUCUUCCUCCUCUCCGGCGCCCGGAGCGGGCUCCAGCAGCACCACCACGGUAGCGCCAACCGGCACAUUGCUGGCAGGCGGCAGCGGCAGCGCUGUGGGCGCCGCCUCCUCCUCCAGCUACGGCCGCCACCGCCGCAGCCGUAGCCGCCGCAGCCGCCUGCAAGAGCGGCAGCAUGAGCAGCAGCAGGCACGGCAUGCGCGAGGGGGCCUGAGCCUGCACUUGCACCUGCUUGAGACGGGUGUGGUGGGGUUGCCAUCGCUGCUGCUGCUGCCGUCUGGUAGGCGGGUAGCGGCUGCUGACUUGGAGCAGCAGCCCCGAGAGGAGCAAUGGCAGCAGCAGCAAUCAGGGCAACCGGGUGGUGCUCAGCAGCAGCAGCAAGAGCACCGGCGGCUGGCGGUGUAUGCGAACAACUUGGACCUUGCCGGCGUGUAUCAGAAGGUUGCGGAGGUGAUAUCCGUGAUCAACAGCCAGCUACAAGCCAUCCAAAACGUGUCCAUGGCUGCUGCAACGGCGAAUGCAACAAGCAAGGUGUCGUACAACAUAACCGAACUGUUGCUCAAUGCGACCCAGCUUGGUUAUGUGCUGCAGUACAGCCUAUACAACCGGCUGGUUACGGUUCUAUCCGCGCAGUACAGUGAUGGUCUCUCGCUCGUAACUGCCGUGCAGCGGCUGGCUGCGGACUUCAUCGGGUCCUCACUGACGCAGCGCAUGCGGGAAGCCGCCAUCGCUACGGACAUCAUUUGCUCGGCCACAGGGGCGCAGUGCGGCACUGGCUUCACGCCUACCCCGCCUGGGGGUGGCAACGGAACGUACAACAGCGAUGGCAGCGGCGGCGGCAGCAGCGCCGGCAGCAGCGCCCGCGUAGCGGUGUACGUGGGGGCGGCACUGGGCGCCGUUGCCGGGGUCACCGCGCUGGCGGCGUCCAUGUUUCUGAUGGUCCGCUGCAUGCGGUAUCGCAGUAUCAAGCGAACCCUGGUGAACCAGUUCAGGCUGGGUGACGGGCACGGCGACGCCGCAGCUGCUGCCCAGCAGCCCCUCAACACGCGACUGGGGCAGAGCAUCAUGGGGCGCAGUGGCGGGGCGCUGGAGCUGGGGACCAGGUCAAGCCCCGGAGAGCGAGCUCCCCUGUACUCCAUGUUGCCCGCCGCCCUGGGCAGUAACCCCUCCGUGGCGCAGGACUACCCGCUCUACCCCAUGUCCGCAGCGGCGGCCGCUGCAGCAGCAGCAGCGGCACCAUACACCGGCUACGGCGGUUGGGGCGGCUCGUCAGCGGCUAGCGCCACCAGCCCUGCCGUUGUAGCAGCUGGAGGAGGAGGACAGGAGACGGCUGCCGUUGGCGGCAACGUCGGCGGAGGUGGAUAUUACGGGGGUCAUGGAGGAGGGUAUGCGCACGGGCAGGGAAGUGCUCCACAUCCCCAGCAGCCGCAGUCCGGCGUUGCCGGCCCUGCAGCCGCGCACACGCAAGUCUCCGGCGCUGCUUUCGCAGCACCGGCGGCACCCCCGGGCGGCUACCGUGCAGCACUGCCCACGCUGCCGCCGCCACAAUAUCAGCACCACGCCCUGCAGCAGCAACAACAGCAACCGGGAGGGCAACAACCGGCGACAUCACAACACGGCACUACCGGGGUUGCUGCUACCGCUGCUGCUACCGCUGCUGCCACCAUCGCUGCCGCUGGAGGUGCUGUUGGACAGCGGCCCGGCGGCUACAAGACCUAUCCCAACACUGCGUUCGUACAACACGACAGCAUUGUGGACGCCAUGGCCUUUCGGGAUAAUGGCUCUCCUCAGAGUCAUAACCUUGGGGGCAGCACUAGCAGCAGCAGCACUGCCUGUUACGGUAACAACCUCCACCACCAACACCACCAUCCUCAUCAUCAGCAACAGAGCCUGAACCUGACAAGCGGUUGGGGGCGCAACUCUCUACGGGCGACGGCGCCGGCGCCCCCGGCGGCGGCGGCGGCCAGAGCGUCUUACAGCGCCGGUGUUGGCGGCGGUCCUUUCCGCCUAAAUGGCAACAUGCCGGCCACGGCGGCGGCGCAGCUGGCGGCGGCGGCGGCCAUGACUCCGCGGUCGGCACCAGCGUCACCGCUGCGGAACCGCGCCGGCGCUGCCGCCGCUGCUGCCAGGACCAACGCUGGCAGCAUCACCAGCGGGCCCCAUCCCCAGAACUUAAACAUGACGACUGGCCGCUGGAGUGUGCAGCUGCCGCCCCUCGCGACUUAUACCUCCGUCACUAACGGCGGCGCGCAUACCUCUGCGCUCCACAGCUCUUUGCGCUCGAUACCCGUGAAUUCCAAUUUCAAUUCCUCCUUGAGGCCGCCUGUGUCGCACCAAUCGUCGAUCGGGUCUCACCGGGAGCGUGAACGUCAUGACGGCGGCGGCGGCGGCAGCGUCAACAGCAGCACCCACUUUGCCAGGCGCAGUGUGGGCAAUUAGGAAUGAAUGAGCGUGCGUGUGGCUGAAUGGUUUCGACAACUAGAAUUAUAUAUUGAGAAAGCUGCUGUUUAUAGACGCACUGGUAAAUGGGUGGGGGCGGGUUGGAGCCUGUGUACCAAAAGGAAAGCCUACGGUGACGGUUUUUUUCUCUUAACUUCAGAUAAGGUUACGUAAUGCAACCGAAUGCUUGAGAGGGCAGUAGUUGCACCUGUUAUGCUGCGUUGUGCUGCGUGUUGUGGCGUAAUGGCUACAUCAUAAAGUGCUGUCGGGGUUGUACAGGUGUCAGAUAUGCAAUGCUUACACGCGCGGCAUAUUGGGUUAUGGUUGCCGUUGUUAGUGGCUUUCAUUGGUAGCUUUUGGGGGGGAUACUAGAAUAAGUAAUGACGCUUUUGGAGUGCCACCUGCGACCGCCAAGACGCUAGAUGGUGGCGAAGAAUGUGUUGGCUGCGCUGUGCGUUACACAUCUCGAGGAGUAGGGGGGUGAGAAUGCAUGGGCGCUGCUCAAGGCAUUCAACGUCGUUUUGCCUUCCUUGCUGAAACCAAAACGCAUGAACUUCGGGCAAAACCUGGCUUGGUAGCGGGUUGUGUUCACUUUGUGCAUGACCUGCCAUAGUUGUGGUGCAAUGUUGCCACGUUUAACUUUUGCACAAGCAUGGGCCAAAAUUGAUUUUGUUUGGCUGCUUGUUUGCUUGUUUGUUUGGAAUACAAUGUAAGUGUUGUAUGUCCUCUUACAGUGAUUAAGUACUUGUUGCAGUGCAGGGCCGAUGUGACCACGCCUGAACUGAUUGUUGAUUAUUGGUGGGGGUCCAUCCUCUGGCUGCAACCCAUGUUGGGCGGUCACAGGGUUUCAUCGUAAUUCACCGACCUCGUUUUUCUCUGUAUGUGUUGCAUGAGGAGGACUCGCGUCACGAAAUGUGCUUGCGAGCGGGUAAGGCCCUUCCCAGACGUUGCUUUUGGAAUCUUAGGACAGAGACUAUUGUUGCCGUGCCGUACUGCUGUAUCGGUUGGAGGCCCCUUGUGGUAUUAGAUAUAUAUUCAAUUGCAUUGUGCUUGGGGUUAGCAGCUGUCAACAGAUUCUGGAAUGCAUUCGGGUAAAACGCAGCUGGUACACAUCUGUUGCGUGUACUUGCAGUACUGGCCUGGGAAGUCGGAGCGUGGGAACCACAAAACAAUUUUGGUGAUUUUGGUGUUGGUGAGUGGGAGCGUCCUGCUGUAGGCUGGCAGGGCCAAUUUCAGUGUCCAGGGAGGAGGAAGGUUUUUCCGCUGCCAGUCUAGGCGCUCUAAACGCUUCCUGUGAUGUCAACCGCGGUGAAGGUUCGUGCAUGCAUGUUUUGGUUUUGGGCCGAGUGGGACUUUGUGCACUUUUUACUUAACUUACAUAAUGCUUGACCGAACAAGACAGCGGUUUCCGUACAGUACAGUAAUCAAAUGUUGUGUAACAUUACCACCUAUCUGAUUC